CCCCGGCGGUCCAGCCCUCAGCCCCCUCUGCCGGCCCGGCGCUGCCCGCCGCCGGGGACCUCAGGUAUCAUGGCCCAGGUGGCAGUGCCUGCCCUGCCCGUGGAGAACGCCGAGUCCUCAGAGAGCAGGAUGGUGGUGACGUUCCUCGUGUCCGCUCUGGAGUCCAUGUGUAAAGAGCUGGCCAAGUCCAAGGCAGAAGUGGCCUGCAUCGCAGUGUACGAGACAGAUGUGUUUGUCGUUGGAACCGAGAGAGGACGAGCCUUUGUAACGGCCAGGACGGAUUUACAGAAGGAUUUUGCAAACUACUGCAUUGCUGAAGGGGUGCGUGAGGCCAAAUCCCCACGCCCUGCGAACGGGAUGCAGAUUGACUCAGGAGAAACAGAAAUACUCAGAAAAGCAGUUGAAGACUAUUUCUGCUUUUGUUACGGUAAAGCCUUGGGGACAACAGCGAUGGUGCCCGUUCCCUACGACAGGAUCCUGAGAGACCCGGCGGCGGUGGCCGUGCAGGGGCUUCCAGAAGGAGUGGCCUUCCAGCACCCUGGGAACUAUGGUCUCGCCACCCUGAAAUGGAUUUUGGAGAACAAGGCGGGGAUCUCGUUCAUCAUAAACAGGCCUUUCCUAGGCCCAGCGACUCAGCUCGGUGGGUCUAUGGUGGUCACAGAUGCUAAGAGAUCAGUGGCGUCACCAAGGGAAAGCUGUGGCCCCAUCAGUGUGAAAACGGAACCCAUGGAAGACUCAGGCACAGCACUGAAAGCAACAGCUGUGUCAGUCAAGAAGGAAUCAGAAGAUCCUAAUUACUAUCCAUAUAAUGUGCAAGAAAGCCAUAAUCCUUCUGGGAGCAGUGAAGUAAUAGACAUGGAAUUACCGAUGGAAGAUUCCACUCCACUUGCCCCUUCAGACGCAUGUGAGGACCCCGAAGCUGAGGUGAAAAUUGAAGGAAGCACCAAUUCCUCCAGUAUUACAAGUUCUGCGGCAGGUGUUGAAGACCUUAACAUCGUUCAGGUGACAAUUCCAGAUAAUGAGAAGGAACGAUUAUCCAGCAUUGAAAAGAUAAAACAACUCAGAGAACAAGUCAACGACCUCUUUAGUCGAAAAUUUGGGGAAGCAAUUGGGGUGGAUUUCCCUGUGAAAGUUCCCUACCGGAAAAUCACGUUCAACCCCGGCUGCGUGGUCAUUGACGGCAUGCCCCCGGGGGUGGUCUUCAAGGCCCCUGGUUACCUAGAAAUCAGCUCCAUGAGAAGGAUCUUGGAUGCUGCAGAAUUUAUCAAAUUCACAGUCAUUAGACCGCUUCCGGGCCUGGAGCUCAGCAACGUGGGAAAGAGAAAGAUAGACCAGGAGGGCCGUGUAUUUCAAGAAAAGUGGGAGAGAGCAUAUUUCUUCGUGGAAGUACAGAACAUUCCUACGUGUUUAAUAUGCAAACAGAGCAUGUCCGUGUCCAAAGAAUACAACCUCCGGCGCCACUAUCAGACGAACCACAGUAAGCACUACGACCAGUACACCGAGAAGAUGCGGGACGAGAAGCUCCAUGAGCUGAAGAAGGGACUCCGGAAGUACCUCCUGGGGUCCUCAGAAAUCGCUGGUCCCGAGCAGAAACAGGUGUUUGCGAACGCGAGUCCCAGCGAAAAUGCUGCCGUGCAGCCCGUAGAAGAUGUGGCUGGGAAGUUAUGGGAGAAGCUACGGGAAAAAAUCAAGUCAUUCGUGGCUUAUUCCCUCGCCAUCGAUGAGAUCACGGAUAUAAACAACACCACCCAGCUGGCCAUAUUCAUCCGGGGCGUGGAUGAGAAUUUUGACGUGUCGGAAGAGCUCUUGGACACGGUGCCCAUGACCGGUACAAAAUCCGGCAACGAGAUCUUUCUGCGUGUUGAGAAAAGUCUUAAGAAGUUUCACAUUGACUGGUCGAAACUGGUAAGCGUGGCCUCGACCGGCACGCCUGCGAUGGUAGACGUGAAUGACGGGCUGGUCACGAAACUCAAGUCCAAGGUGGCAGCGGUUUGCAAGGACUCGGACCUGAAGUCCGUGCGCUGCAUCCUCCAUCCAGAAUCCCUUUGUGCGCAAAAGCUGAAGAUGGAGCACGUCAUGAGCGUGGUGGUGAACUCCGUGAACUGGAUCUGCUCUCGUGGCCUGAACCACAGUGAGUUCACAACACUGCUGUAUGAGCUGGACAGCCAGUACGGCAGCCUGCUCUACUACACCGAGAUUAAGUGGCUCAGCCGCGGGCUGGUGCUCAAGAGGUUUUUUGAGUCGCUGGAAGAAAUCGAUUCCUUCAUGUCGUCCAGAGGAAAGCCCCUGCCUCAGCUGAGCUCUCAGGACUGGAUCCGAGACUUGGCUUUCUUGGUCGAUAUGACCAUGCAUCUGAACACCUUGAACAUGUCCCUGCAGGGCCACUCACAGGUCGUUACGCAGAUGUAUGACUUGAUCCGGGCGUUCCUGGCCAAGCUGUGCCUUUGGGAAACUCACCUGGCGAGGAAUAACCUGGCCCACUUCCCCACACUGAAGUCAGUUUCCAGAAAUGAAAGCGAUGGCCUGAACUACAUUCCCAAGAUCGUGGAACUAAAGACGGAAUUCCAGAGAAGGUUGUCUGACUUCAAGCUCUACGAAAGCGAACUGACCCUGUUCAGCUCUCCUUUCUCGGUGAAGAUCGAGACCGUGCAUGAAGCGCUCCAGAUGGAGGUCAUUGACCUGCAGUGCAACACGGUGCUCAAGACUAAAUUCGACAAGGUGGGGGUUCCGGAGUUCUGCAAGUGCCUGUGGAGCAGCUACCCCAAGUACGGCGUCCACUGCGCCAAGAUCCUGUCCAUGUUCGGGAGCACCUACAUCUGCGAACAGCUCUUCUCCAUUAUGAAACUGAGCAAAACCAGAUACUGCUCCCAGCUGAAGGGCUCACAGUGGGACUCCGUGCUGCACAUCACCACAUGACUUCCACCGCGUCCCCAGCCACCCCCCAUGGAGUGCCGGCCCAAAAGCCCCCGGCCCGGGAGAUAGCGAGAGGAGAAAGGAGUUCUGCAAGACUGCCGCUUUCUGGAUUUUUUCCCCCCACUUUGACUUGGAAACAGGACGUGUGGUAUCCCCACCUGUUUGUAUGGCAUUUUAUGCUUCCUCCAUAGUCCAGUAAAAGUCCAGACUUUUCUUAGA